AUUAACCCUAAUAAUAAUGGCUGAACUACCUACCCUGAUAUCCAAUUGGCUAUAUAAUGUAGUGCAACCGCAGUAUACAUACAAACAGCUUACAUAUACGCAUUUGUAUCAACUUCUUCAAGUCCAUUUUGGUAAGAACUUGAGAUUGAAGAUUAGAACCAGUGUAUACACAUCUCAUAGUAGUGGCAAACUGACUCUUUUACUCAAUAUAUUUGGCUCUAUUCCCACUGUGAGCACUUCACAGAUGAAUGUUCCAGUUCAAAUUUGGAUCCCACUAAAUUAUCCCUAUGGAACUGAAGUUGGUGGAGAAAGUGACAACAGUGGCGUACCAUUAGUUUAUAUUGUACCUGAGGCAAACAAUGAUUUGAAGAUAAAACCAGGGAAUCAUGUUGAUAGUCUGGGUCGGUUCUAUCAUCCAUUUUUAUCGGAUUGGUAUCGUGAGUGUAAGCCACAAAGUACAAAUGGCCGUAAGUUUAACAUUUUAGAACUUGUUAAAAUACUUCAAUUUGUAUUUGAUAGAGAUUGUCCAGUUGUAAAUCCUCAGGCAAAUAUCUCUACAAAUACACAAGACCAUCCUACUGUGCCACCACAAUAUCAUCUUGUACAACCAUCUCAAUCUUCAAUGGCUAAUCUAAGGGUGUCACCUCAAAUUACAGGACCCCCACUCCCAGUUAAACCUCCUAAAGUUUUACCUGGAUCAACUAGAGAAGUACCUCUCAAAUACCAAUCCCCAUUACCAUUACCAACGCCAAUUGAACGAGUCAUAACUCCUCACACCACCGGCCAAUAUCAGCAAGGUAUAUCUCAAGGGAAUCCGGUCAUUAAUGAAAGCAUGAGUACGAUAAAUUAUCAACCACAGAUUCCACAUCAAAGAUAUCAACUUCCACCAAAUCCACAAGUUCAACAGUCAUAUCUGAAACCACCGCCUCAAUCACAACCUUAUCAAAAUGUAAUUCCUAAAACUCAUACUCAACCUUUGAAUAAGACUAAAACUUUGAAGAAUGAAGAACCACAAAAAGAUGUUAUUGAUCUUAUUGACGAAGACCGAGAAUCUAUACCUAUUUCCAUUCCUCCAGAACUUACUGCAUGUAUUCAAGAAAAGAUUAAAACAACUCUUGCAAACGAAGAGUCAAGCAUUGCUCUCGCAAACACUAAUAAAUUAAAAAUUGAGGCUCUUUAUCUGCAAUUAAGCCAUCAUCAUCAACAAGCAGUUGCUAAUAGCGAGAAUCUUAUGGGACAUAUAAAAUACCUUCUGCAACAAAACUCCAAUGUAACUAAAUUAAAUCAAGAACUAUCUACAUUGGAAGAGGUGAAUACAUCUGAAGGGGAAAACAUUCAUGUUUCAUCACAAACCAAGGUGGCUCUCGAUUCACUUAUCACACCAGAUCUGGCGCUUGUAAAUCAGCUUUAUGAGGUUGUGGCAGAUAUAAAGGCCACUAAAGAUACUAUAGAUUUAAUCGGUGGGAAUUUCCGUACAGAAGGAGAGCUCAUUAAAGAUUCGAAUAUGGAUUCAGCUGUUCGCACAGUACGUUCAUUAGCAAGAGAGGCUUUCUGGUUAGAACUUAUGAAGAUUGAAAUUGCGAGUGUAAUGAAUCUUUCAUGAAAGCAAAAAGGAUUACAACAUGUUACAUUACAAGAAUAUCAUGGGAAUGAUGUAAAUUGUAAUAGAUGAUUUAAUUAAAUAGAACUUUUAGAUUCAUGAACGAAAAAGAAAGAAUAAAAUUAACGUUAAGUAUAUUUUCA